GCUUUAAUGUUCACUCUUGCCACAAAUUCAACAAAACAAGAACACAGAUUUUUAUUUCAUAACUAUUCUCUUAUUCCUCUCACAAAUUCUCAACAUCCUUAAAUUUUAAUAUGGAUCAAAUUGAGAAAGGAUUGAACAAAAAGCAAUUCUUGAAAAGAAGUUUGCAGUUUGUUCUCUCAAUUUCUGCUUUUUCUAUCUUCCUUUGUUACUACUCUUCUGGAUUUUUCAUAAACACUCAAACCUUGAAUGUGUACUUCUUGUACACAUGCUUUUUCACCCUUUUCACUCACACCCUUGAAAGGAAAUACAUGUUUCUCAUUUGUAAUGGAAUCCUUGCAUUUCUAGCUAAGAACUUGUUCAAUGUCACAACAACCUCUUCAGAUUCUGAGUCUCUCUCUAUUGUAAGUUUUGAAUCUUUAGAGGAAGUUGGUGAUGUUAUGGUUGAUGAAGAAUACUAUGAAGAAAAAAUUGAAGAAGUUGAAGAACAUAAAGAAGGUAACUUAUAUAUCCAAAAUGAAGGGAUUGAUGAAGAAGGAGGAACAGAAAGUGAGAUUGAUGCUAAUGUGUUGGCACAAGAUGAUAAUGAUGAUGAUGAUGAUGAUGAUGAAGUAGAAGAAACAAUAUUGACAACAGAUGAAGAACUAGUGAAUACAGAAGAAUUGAACAGAAAGUUUGAAGAAUUUAUAAGGAAAAUGAAAGAGGAGAUGAAGAUUGAAGCUCAAACACACCUUAUUGCUGUUUAGUAUAUGCAACAAAAGAAGACAAGGAUUUAAGGGAUUAGUCUUUUUUUAUAUAUGACCAAGUCUUAUGUUUGUUUUUCUUAUUCCUCUAGCAGCUUCAUUCCUUUUCAGUGUUUUAAAUUGUGUCACGUCGUUUUAGAACUUUUGGAAUGUAUAUCAAACUCAUGAAACAUUGAAUUUCAAAAUAUAUCUCAUGUGUUAUCCA